CUUGGGGGAGGAGCUUCGCGCCAGCCGGUCUCCAUUCUGGUGCCUGUCCUGCCGCCGCACGCGCUUCCCCGCGGCGCUAGACUCCGCAGUCGUGUCUGCUCGCCCGGUCAGGACGAUCCCCGGAGCGCGGCAGCAGGGAAUGGAGGCGGAAAACUUGGGCAGCUGCUCCCUUCAGCAGGUUCCUCCACCUUUCUAUCCAUUACCAUUUCAACAAAUGAUGGCUGAAGCGCCCCCUCUGACAGUGCCGAAUGAGAAAUCAGUGAAUGAAGAGCCAGCGCUGGCAGACUACCCAGUCCUCGCUCCUGUUGAGGACACCAUGCCAGAGACUCCAAAAGGAAGGAAAAGAAAAACCAGAGCAGCACAAUCCAAAAAGCCAGUGGAACCCAAAAAGCCAGCAGAACCAAAAAAAUCUGCUGAAGCAAAAAAAACUGGCAAGUCCAAAAAAUCAAAAGAUAAGCAAGAAAAAAUUACAGAUACAUUUAAAGUCAAAAGGAAAGUAGACCGUUUCAAUGGUGUUUCAGAAGCUGAGCUUUUGACGAAGACUCUCCCUGACAUUUUGACGUUUAAUCUGGACAUCGUCAUUAUUGGUAUAAACCCAGGACUCAUGGCUGCUUACAAAGGGCAUCAUUAUCCUGGACCUGGAAACCAUUUCUGGAAAUGUCUGUUUAUGUCAGGGCUGAGUGAAGUUCAGCUGAACCACAUGGAUGACCACACGUUACCUGGGAAAUAUGGUAUUGGAUUCACCAACAUGGUGGAAAGGACCACACCAGGGAGCAAGGAUCUUUCCAGUAAAGAAUUUCGUGAAGGAGGACGUAUUCUAGUGCAGAAAUUACAGAAGUAUCAGCCAAGAAUAGCAGUGUUUAAUGGAAAAUGUAUUUAUGAAAUAUUUAGUAAAGAAGUUUUUGGAGUAAAGGUUAAGAACUUAGAGUUUGGACUUCAACCCCAUAAAAUCCCCGACACAGAAACUCUCUGCUAUGUUAUGCCAUCAUCAAGUGCUAGAUGUGCUCAGUUUCCUCGAGCCCAGGAUAAAGUACAUUACUACAUUAAGUUGAAGGACUUAAGAGAUCAGCUGAAAGGCAUUGAACGAAACACAGAUAUUCAGGAGGUGCAAUAUACAUUUGACUUACAGCUGGCCCAAGAGGAUGCAAAGAAGAUGGCUGUUAAGGAAGAAAAAUAUGACCCGGGUUAUGAAGCUGCAUAUGGAGGUGCUUACAGUGAAAAUCCAUGUAGUAGCGAACCUGGCAACUUCCCUGCCAAUGGGCUAACUGUCAACAGCGGAGAAAUAACACGCAGUGACAUUCCAAAUGGGCAGUGGACGACCCAGCCGUUUACAGACCAGAUUCCUUCCUUCAGUGACCAUGGUGGCACACAAGAACCUGAUAAAGGAAACUAGGCUUAAGAAUGGUGCUUCUCAGCUCUGCUUCAGCACUGCAGUUUUAAUGCAGUGGUCAGGAAGUGGCCCAUAAUUGCUGGGUGAAGUAUUUUAUUAGCGUUUUACUCUAGUGAUGUAAUUAAGGUACAGUUGUGUAGUAGAAUCAACUGUAUGAACCUAAGUAAUUUGGAAAAAAAAAGUAGAGGUUUUUUUGUAUGUGAAUUUUUGUACUUGAAUUAACCAUCAUUCCACUUUUUAUAAACUUAUUUCAUGUAGGAAGAUCCUGAUUUACUUUGGGAAAUCACUUUUAAUCUGAACUUUUUAAAGGCAAGUGUCUGAAUAUUUAUUUUUGUUGAUGAAUUGUGCAUGGACCUAGAUGAGUGCACAAUUAGCUCUUCUAUGCCAGAGAAGGGCAUGUUACUGGUGAGAGAUACCACGGGAAGGAGGCUGGAGUGUGGGUUCUUAAGAACUUUCUGCACACUCUUUGGUAGGUAGUAGCGCUGUGUGAGAGGCUCCCAGGGUCCAGGGCACAAUUGCCUUCUGCUGGGCACAGUGGGUCACUGGGUAGCAGAGACUGAUUUGUGGCCUCCUCACUCUUUGCAGAAAUUGUUCUGUCAGCAGGGAUAGUUCUAGAGGCUACAGACGGACUUCAGAUUGUGUUCCCAUUUCCUGUGCUGUACUUGUGGCACCUUUCCCCGUUUGAUAGGGAAAGAACUGGAUUUCUCUCCAGUUACCUAUCACUAUUCUUAUGCAUCUUCCUUGUCUUUGACUUGGACACUGGUAAGAAAUGAAUUUUCGGGGCCGGAGAGAUAGCAUGGAGGUAAGGCGUUUGCCUUUCAUGCAGA